AGUUACUAAAACCAAACCACGGUUAAAUUUGCUGUUUAUAUAGGGAGGGAUAGAUAGUUGCAAAGUAAAUAUUUAUCCAUAUCCAAAACUUCCUCCACCACCAUGAUGUUAGGGGAACCACCUCAUCGUACAAAUCCAACCGUACACGUUCCACCAUGGCCAACGUUGAACAAUCCCACGGCGGAGAUCUUUUCACCUUUAACAUCAAACGACGAUUAUUCUCAGUUCUACAUGCAAGAAGCGCUAAGCGCUUUUCAACACUAUGUUAACGAAAACAACGACUCCGAUUCCGACUCGGAGAUUUUUCCGACUCAUGAAUCGGUGGAUUCGUAUUCUAACGAUCAUUUCCGCAUGUUCGAGUUCAAGAUUCGUCGAUGCGCACGUGGCAGGUCUCAUGACUGGACGGAGUGUCCUUUUUCUCAUCCCGGCGAGAAAGCUCGCCGCCGUGACCCGAGAAAGUAUAACUACUCCGGCACUUCAUGUCCUGAUUUUCGUAAAGGAAGUUGCAAGAAAGGUGAUUCGUGUGAGUUUGCUCAUGGUGUUUUCGAGUGUUGGCUUCAUCCUUCGCGUUACCGUACUCAGCCGUGUAAAGACGGAACCAGUUGUCGCCGGCCAGUUUGUUUUUUCGCUCACACGACAGAGCAACUUAGGGCUCCGACUCAACAGAGUCCCCGCAGUGUGCCCUCCGUUGAUUCGUACGACGGUUCUCCUCUCAGGCUUGCUUUUGAGUCUUCCUGUGUGAAAACUCUUCAAUUCAUGUCAUCUCCUGGUUCGGUUUCUCCACCGGUGGAGUCUCCUCCGAUGUCUCCGAUGACUCGAUCUUUGGGAAGAUCUGUGGGUUCUAGCUCUGUGAAUGAAAUGGUGGCUUCUCUGAGAAACUUACAACUUGGUACCAUGAAGUCAUUACCUUCUUCAUGGAAUGUUCAAAUGGGUUCUCCUAGAUUCGGAUCUCCGAGAGGACCCGUGAUCCGACCCGGAUUCUGUAGCCUACCAUCGACACCUACACAGGUGCCGAGUCGUGGUAGGGUUAAUCAUUUUGAUCUUUGGGAUCAGAGUUGUGAAGAAGAGCCUGUGAUGGAGAGGGUGGAAUCUGGAAGAGAUAUAAGGGUGAAGAUGUUUGAGAAACUGAGCAAAGAGAACUCUUUUAAUGGAUCGGGCAUGGGUUCAGGUUCAGGUUUGGGUGAAGUUGUUGAGGAUCCGGAUGUUGGGUGGGUUUCGGAGCUGGUGAGCCCUUUCUUGGGUGAUUGAAUGUUGAUGAUUUCAUUUUGGGUUUGUCGUCUGUGGUUUCACAAGAUUGCAUUUUAUGUAAAUAUAUCUUAUUUUGAAGGUUAUGAUGGGUUGAUGGGAAGAACGUGUAUAUAAGCUCUUUUUUUGGAAAGUUUUCUUGGAAGAUCCAGACGACCAGUAAUUGAUUUGAAGAUGAUGAUGAUUCAAUGAAAAAAUUAUCCUAAGCUUAGCUUUCUUUUUUUGUAUAUAGGUUAGCAUAUAAUGAACUAUUAUUAUUACUAUUAUUUUCGUAUUAUUGUCUCCUUGGUGAUGUAGAUAUUUCAAGUUUUUUAUGUUCUGUGAUUGUAGGAUCCAAAAUCAAUGUCUUCAAUUAUGUAAAUUAUAUAUGCAAUGUAUGCAUAUAUAUUUAUUAAAGUAAUGGAUUUGUUUCAAUUCUACUCUUUCUGCUAA